CCGCCACGUGUUGUGUCAUCGUCACCUAUAUAAGUGAGUCUCUAACCCAUUCCGCUACUUUACCGUUUAGAAAUACAAGUACAAUUUACAAUGGCGACUGUAGCUGCUGUUCCUGCUUUAACUGCAAACGAUUCCCACAAGAAGAACAGAAUUCAGGUUUCCAACACUAAGAAACCUCUUUUCUUUUACGUCAAUCUCGCCAAGAGGUACAUACAGCAGCACAAUGAGGUUGAGCUUUCUGCUCUUGGAAUGGCUAUAGCUACCGUUGUCACAAUUGCAGAGAUUUUGAAGAACAAUGGACUUGCCACUGAGAAGAAAGUAUUGACAUCUACAGUUGGCAUGAAAGAUGAGAACAAAGGUCGUCUGGUACAGAAGGCAAAGAUUGAAAUUGUGCUGGGGAAAUCUGACAAGUUUGACAAUCUGAUGUCUCCUCCUGCCCCAACUGAAUCAGAAGAAGCAGCAGCUGAUGAUGAUGACAAAAAAGAGUGACAAGUAUAAGACAGUCCAGUCAAUGUAAAACUGUUGUAGUUUACAUUCUGAGUCUUUUGUACUGUUUGCAUUCAUAGACGUAAAUAGGGGAGUAGAAAAGGGUCGUAAAUUUACAAUGAUAAGGCAGCAUUGUGUGUGGUCAAAGUUGUAGAGCACAUAUUUUCAUCAUCAAUUUAGAAUGUAUUUCUUCAUUGCACAUAUAUGAUUGUGAUGAUGAGUACAUGACUGGUGGGUGACUCUUAAGCUCGCUCAUUAUCCUAUUCAGUUCAGCCAACCUGCUUUUUU